AUGGCUUCGUCCAGAUCCACCGCCGCUGACGAACUCAACGCCUUUGAGUCCUUCACAGGCGUCGAGGAGAGUGCAGAGCCCACUACGUCAACCACCCGCGACGACUCCACAGCAGACAUGGCCAGAGACACGUCUGCUCCGCCCAUGGGCCAAAACUCGGCUGGCCAGCGCCUGUUCCAUGCGACCAACUCCCCCUCGCCGCUGUCGUCGCGAGAGGCUUCUCCUCGCCCGCACAAGCGCAAUGCCACCCCGUCGGGCGCAGGCACGACUGCCAGGCCUUCCUUCAGAACACGCAAGAGCAGCGCCGAUGCCAGCCCAAGUCGAGGUUCCAGCCUGUCCAACUCGACGACCGCCGCCGCCCCAGGCCAUGCCUCCCCGACGGUGCAGCGAGCUCUGUCCUCCACCAGCAUACCUGAGCUCACGCCUACCUCAUCGACCGACACUGUACGAGCCCCGCGCCCUUCCAAGCCAUCUUCAAAGUCGAAUUCUGGCGAGACGACUCCCCAUUGGCCCCUCUCGCCGCGCCUCAAAUCACCACCACCGGGCGAUGACGGCCGCUCACGUUCGCGCACAAACUCGCUGCGUGCGCAAAUUAGGAAGCCCGAAGCUCAAUCUGCACCCUCAAUUGUUGUCCAGAGCUCGUCGCCCGCCUCGCUCUCCCGCUUCCCAGUGAGAGAAGAGGCGCCCGCAAGCGACCCCGACGAGCCUCAGCCACAGCCUGCGCCCAAAGCAACCUCGCGGAGUUCCGGCGGCGUGGCUCCCAAGCUGGCAACGGUGCAAGAAUCUAGCUUGCCUGCCACACCCGGAUUUGAUGGUCUAGAGCCGCAAAGCUUUGUUCCCUCAGCGACUGCCCACAAAACCGAUCAGGACCGAAAUGACGUCAAUUCGUCCAAAGUUACUGAAGACCUCAGCACCAAGCACGACAACACCAAGCACACAGAGAGUGGUAGCGACAGCGCGACCAAGAGCGCCAAGAAGGGCAAGAUGCAGGAGCAGCGCAACACGUACACCCAUCGCCCACACACCGUCUCCGCAAAGCCCUCCCUCUCUUCAAUGUCGACGCGAUCGCGAGACCCGCCGCUCCGCAACAUGACAGUCGAAACUGAGACCGUGCCCUCUGUCGCGCAGCCAUCCAUAGUGAACCAGGACCGGUCCGCGUCUGGUCGCGUAGAUGGUGGAAUACGACUAAAGGCCAGCAACGAGACGAUUCGACCCAAGAAGGAAAGGAAAGCCCCCAAGCGCAAAGCCGCAUCCAUUAAUGCAGGCACUGCUUCGUCCAAAGCCGAUGUAUUCGAACAAAAGGUGGCCAGCGCGGUUGAUGAGGCCGACUCCUCUGACUCCGAUGCGACCUUCAUCUAUGAGUCGAACCCUCCCGAACAGCCGCACCGCAGCCGCCAACAUCACUCACGAACGCCAAGCAUGACGUCGCUAGCCAGCCUCACGGACCCACGACUCCAGAUACGCGACACGCACAAGCACCCGAGUAAGAAGAGCAGCAUAAAGUUCACGAACCCGUACAACAACCCGAGCAUUGACGGCGAUGAUCGAGGCGAGGGCACCAUCCGGAUAGGCUCCGGGCGAGCGGGUGGAGGCAGUCAUCAUCACCACAUUGGACGACAUGGCCAGGGUCGCGGCGCACUCAGCCACCUUGCUAUGGAGAGUGACACAUCGGUACCACAGUCUUCGCGCGCACGUGGCCCGUCAUCAAGAAAUGCGUCGCAACCCAACAGCCCUCGCUUCCACACCUUCAAUGUUGGGAACGGUCAUAGCAAUGGCAGCAAGAAAAGUGGAGAAUAUUCGGCAGCAUACGAUAUCGACGCCGAAAACAUUGCCGAUGAUGAGCGCACACCGCUGAUUCAAUCUGGACGAAGUCCACGUUCUACCCGAACCUCCCGCCAGCGCAAUACCACCACCAUACGCCAACUAGAGCGCCGGCAUCAUCGCGAUGGCGGAUGGUGUCGCCGUUUCGCGGGCUGCCUCGUCCUUACGAUUCUGCUGCUCGUCGUUGUGUUCUGCGCUAUUGGCCUUGUUUUUGCUACCACGAAGCCUCUCACUAGUCUCGUGGUGCGAGACAUACAGAAUGUUGUAGCGAGUCAAGAGGAGGUUAUGCUGGAUCUCAUAGUUAACGCGGUGAAUCCCAACAUCAUCGGCGUUACUGUCUCCGACAUGGAGGUCUCGCUGUUUGCUAAGAGCAAGCACGUUGGAUCAGAUGCUUGGUGGCGCGAGCACGGGAACGGUCCACACGACGAUGUAGAACACUGGACACCCAUCGAAGAAGAAGCAAUUCCAGAGAUCUCGAUUGCUGGUGUAGAUGAAGGGACAGAUCCCAUUGAGGGCGAACCUCGUACCAUGCUUCUAGGACGCAUUGCCCACUUCGACUCACCACUAAACUUUGAAGGUUCCUUUUUCCAGCGGAAACGCGCCGAAUCUAUUGGCGAGAUUCGACUUUUGUACCCCGGAAAUAAGACAGAAGCCGGAGGCAGCGAGCGAUGGGAGGAAGUCCUGCAAUAUCCUUUCGAGUUGAUCGUGAGGGGUAACUUCAAGUACACACUGCCUCUCAGUACGCAGGAAUUCAAGGUCCCUGUUACGGCAUCCCAUUACUACGACCCAGAUAUCGAGCGCAAAAAGGAACUCGACAACGUAGAGAGCAAAGAAAAGAGGAGGAAUAUAUCACCUGUAUCAACAAAACCACGGGGACGAUACGACCGUAGAGCCUUACCGUUCUGGAGUCCCCGAUAG